AUGGCCUGGAUUCCUUGCGACAUUCGCUUGAGGAGGAAAAUGAAAACCAUCUUUCUCUUGUUGUUUUUUAUUGCUGGAACCCCCGCUGACAAUCCUUACCCACAAAUUUCUAGCCAUCCUAACAAGAAUAAUUGUGACAAUUACCAGUAUGAGUCUCACCCAAGAGGUGCCCAGAUACCAAUCCAGGUACUAGUCGACAGCAAUUCUGACUUUGCCUUCAAGAUCUUCAGGAAGGUCUCUUCCAGGGAAAGCCAGCAAGGUGGCACAAGCAAGGGCAAUGUUGCCUUCUCUCCCUUAGGCAUCUCCUCUGCCUUUGCAAUGAUGGCCUUGGGUGCAAAGAAUAACACUUCAGAUCAGAUUUUGAAAGGACUUGAUUUUAGGCCAUCAGAGAUCCAGGAGAGGAUGAUACAUGAAGGCUUCCGAAAACUCACACACAUGUUAAAUAAUGGAGGAGCUGGACACCAGAUGGAAAUCGGGAAAUGUCUCUUUGUGCAAAACCAGCUAUAUCCUGAACAACUAUUCUUAAACGGCCUCAAAAACUUCUAUGGAGGAGACAUCUUUUGGGAAAAUUUUAAGAACACUGCAGAAACUGAGCAGCACAUCAACAGUUACAUCACAAGGAAAACCCGUGGGAAGAUAUCUAAGCUUGUCAAUGAAGUCGAUCCCAUUACUGAAAUUCCGCUAACUAGCUAUAUUUAUAUGAAAG